AUGCAGUCUCGUACAUGGUCCAUUGUGCGCGGCUUAGCGCGCCGCCGCGCCGGAGCGCCGUCCGGGUCUGGGGUCGGCUCAGCUCAGUUCGGUGGUCUCGGUCCUUCUCUUCAAUCCGCUGGAAUCUCCACCGGCUCAGCCUGCAUGCUUGCCCGCCAGAAUGGAGGUUUUGGUGAUGGUGGAUUCAUCGACUCCAUUCGUAUCGGCGGUGUUGUGCUACCGAACCACAAGAGGCUGGAGUACUCGCUACAGUCCAUCCACGGCAUCGGACGGGCGCGCGCCCGUCAGAUCCUUUCGGAACUCAAUGUUGAGAACAAAGUCACCAAGGACCUCUCCAAGGCGGAGAUCAUCACCCUCCGCGAGGAGAUCGCCAAGUACAUGAUUGAAGGAGACCUGAAACGGUUUAAUCGUGCGGCAAUCGAGAGACUGGAGGGGAUUAAAUGCUACAAGGGCAUCCGGCACGAGCUUGCGCUCCCUGUGCGUGGCCAGAGGACAAAGACCAACUGCAGGACUCGCAAGGAAAAGAGGGCCUGAGGCGCCAAACGAUUUGUCAGCCUCCCAGAAAUAAUAAAUCAUAUUGUCGUGUAUUUACUUCCUGUUUGGUUUUCUUUGUACUGCAUUACUGCGCUAAACUGUUAAAUCCAAUAAAUGCUAGGUAUCUCGCAGCACAGCAUCUGGUGGACUUCCAGAAACUGUUAAAUCCAGUUGCUUUCUUCUAUUUAAAUUCAGUUUAAUGUUUGAACAUCUGUAAUUUUGCCUGCCAAAGUUUUUUAAUAUGCUUAUAGAUCUA